UGCAUUGCUAUAAUUCAUUAAUACAUCAUAAAUCGUGAAGCACAGGGUUAUAACGACCACGAUCCACAAAUCAAGCCCUCCAAAAUAACCCAAAUGAGCUCUUACUUUGUAAACUCGUUCUCGGGGCGCUAUCCAAAUGGCCCGGAAUAUCAGUUGCUAAAUUAUGGGGCUGGCAGCUCUCUGAACGGUUCGUACAGGGAUUCAGGCACCAUGCAUACCGGCUCUUAUGGCUACAACUACAAUGGAAUGGAUCUUAGCAUCAACCGUUCAGCCUCCUCCAGCCACUUUGGGGCGGUGGGCGAGACCUCGCGCGGUUUCCCCUCGCCCGCCCAGGAGAACAGGUUUAGACAGUCGUCCAGCUGCUCUCUGUCCUCUCCCGAGUCCCUGCCCUGCUCCAACAGCGACAGCCAUGGAGGCAAAACCAGCGCCUCGUCCCCGUCCGACCAGGCGGACUCCGCCGGUUCCAACACCAAUUUCACAGAAAUAGACGAGACCAGCGCGUCCUCGGAGCCCGAAGAAGGGAGCCAGUUAAACAGCAGCCUUCCCCGGGUGCCGCCAGAGCCCUCUGCAUCGUCAACAGCAGCAACAGAGGGACCGGCCCCCCAGAUUUUUCCCUGGAUGCGAAAAUUGCACAUCAGCCACGAUAUGACGGGCCCCGAUGGGAAACGGGCGCGGACCGCAUACACCCGCUACCAGACCCUAGAGCUGGAGAAGGAAUUCCACUUUAAUAGGUACCUGACCCGCCGGCGGAGAAUAGAGAUCGCGCACGCUCUCUGUCUCUCCGAGAGGCAGAUCAAAAUCUGGUUUCAGAACAGGAGGAUGAAAUGGAAGAAAGAUAAUAAACUGAAAAGCAUGAGUCUGGCGUCCGCGGGCAGCGCCUUCCAGCCCUAAAUUGCAAGCUGGCGCCUCGGCCCGAAGUCCCGCCGCCGCCCAUGCCCCAAGCGCCCGUUUUCUGAUUUUCGCCGCCCGUUCCGGACAGCUACCCGUCUCCGACAGCCCCAGGCUGGCCCGCCACGGCGUGGCUGUUCGGGGGAGCUAUUCAUUUCGCCUUAGGUCCUCUCCCAACCCCGUCCGAUGAUUACCGUUAUUAUUAUUAUUACUACUACGAAUAAUAAUUAUUAUCGUUGUUAUUUCUCCACCACGCUCUCCCCCCUCCUCCCCUUCCUCCCAACCUGUCAGUGUUUCUAAAUGUUCGUGUCUGUGGUCGCUUUUCCCGAGAAACACAAACUCGCAUGUUGAAUGUGGAGUCCCUCUCUGUCUGUGUUCUAACUUAUUUAUAAAAGGAGAAUCAGUGCGUAUGAAUUUGCAGCUUUGAACUUCUCUGCCAGGGCCAUAGUCGGGGUCACAACGGGCUGGUGUGUGUGUGUGUGUUGUGGGGGGGACAGGGCCGCAGGAGCGAACCUCCAAAAUGCCUCCAAAAUGACGGUCGUCUCCCC